GUCGAGUUCAACUCGUUAUCAUCGUUAUCUUAAUUACUUUAGAACCCUAAUAAACAAUUUUGUUGGUCGUGUGAGGUAACUAUAAAUCUAAGACAAAAUUAACCAUCUUCUUUCUCAACCAAAAACCUAUCAGCUACACGUGUCCGUCACACAACAUUAUUUGUAACACGACUGAAACCCGCACUGACACGUGUCCCCAUUUUGCCACCUCACCCUCCGAACCCCGGAAAUUUCCCGGAAAAAUCCACUUACAAUUUCAAUCAUUCAUCACACUACAUGGGAGCUCAUAUACACAUAUAUAUAGAUAUACCAUACACAAAUUCAAUAACUCACAUCACCUAAAGGGUUAAUUAUUUUCCUACCUUCACUGCAUGCACAUAUUGUAACUUGUAAGAACCCAAAUAAAAGAAAAAAAUAAAGAAGAAAAUAAAAAAUGGCUGGAAAACAAGAAAUUGUGCGGUCAACUCAAGAAGCAUGGCUUCUAGAAAACGGUCACAUAAAGCCUCUGAGCAAGGAGAUGCGGCGGCCGAGCGGCCGCACGGCCCACAACAUGUCGUCAUCAUCUCUCCGGAAGAAAUCGGAUCUUGCUCUGGUUUCAAAAAUCCGGGUCGGGUUUUUAAGGAUGUUUUUUGCAAACCUUCAGGAGGUGUUGCUCGGGACCAAGCUCGCGCUUUUGUUCCUUGCUAUACCCGCCGCCAUUGUUGCUCAAUAUUGCAGUUUUGGUAGACCAUGGGUGUUCGGUUUGAGCUUAGUUGGGCUAACUCCGCUUGCUGAACGCAUCAGUUUCUUGACAGAUUUAGUAGGAGCUAACAGCUUAGCCUCUGCAACUUCUUAUGCAAAUGCAGGCAAAUUGCGUUCUACACAGGGCCAACAGCACAAAGUUGAUGUUGUGAAAUACUCUCUUUUGGGCUCUAUACUCUCAAACCUCCUCUUAGUACUUGGCACUUCCCUUUUAUGCGGCGGCAUUGCAAACAUCUCGCACGAACAAAAAUUCGACCGAAAACAAGCGGACGUCAACUCUUUGCUGUUGAUGGUCGGGCUAUUGUGCCACGUGUUGCCAUUGAUGUUUAGAUUUGCCGGGAAAUCGGCCGAUCUAAUGGCUGUCGGGACUCUCCAGCUGUCGAGAGCCAGCUGUAUUGUGAUGCUCGUUGCUUACGUGGCGUACUUGGUGUUCCAACUGUGGACACAUCGGCAGUUGUUCGAGGCUCAAGAGGGUGACGAGGAUGGUGACGUGUUACCGGAUGACGAUGAGUUGCCGGUGAUCGGAUUUUGGGGUGCGUUUAUAUGGUUGGUUUUGAUGACCGGUGUUGUUGCUUUGCUGUCGGAAUAUGUGGUUGCUACAAUUGAAGCUGCAUCAGAUAGUUGGGGCUUGUCUGUGAGCUUCAUCAGUGUAAUUCUACUGCCAAUUGUUGGGAAUGCAGCUGAACAUGCUGGAGCUGUCAUUUUUGCAUUCAAGAAUAAAUUGGAUAUAUCUUUGGGCGUUGCUCUAGGUUCAGCUACUCAGAUUGCCAUGUUUGUGGUGCCAUUAAGCGUAAUAGUAUCGUGGAUCAUUGGCAUCGACAUGGGUCUCGAUUUUAAUCUCCUUGAAACGAGCUCUCUUGCCUUGUCGAUAAUUAUGACUGCCUUUACAUUACAGGAUGGGGAAUCUCAUUACUUGAAGGGUCUGAUACUUCUUCUAAGCUAUGUUAUCAUUGGGGCUUGCUUUUUCGUGUUUAGGACACCACUUAAUCAUGUGGACUCCACGAAACGAGGAUUUAAUGCUGAACGAAUAAUGAGAUUUGAGAUGUAUCAAAUGGAGAUGAGCGCUGCAAAGUUGUAGUCAGUGGGAUCCAAUAAAAACUUGAAAAUUGAGUUUGGAAAAUGUUCAAGAGCAAUCCUGCUUUAUUUUUUAUUUCUACUUAUUUUCACAUUUUCAUUUUAUGAUUACUUCAUUUGCCUUUGUUCUAGUUGUUCUUGCGAAUUCCGUUUUAUUUCUUCUUUUUUUUUUUUCAAUGAGAUGAGUUGUAUUGUGCCAAAAAGAGAUUAAUAAGCGGUAGAGAUGAAUACAUGGCCGUUUUAUGUGUACACUAUGCCCUUUAAAAUAAAAUUAUAUAUAAAAUAUUCAUAAACAAGUUACAAUAAAAAGA